AUGGAUAGAGUGCUUGAUUUUGGCAACAGCAACAGCAGUACUGAUUAUCAGGGAAUGCAGUCCCAUUUGGGGUCUGGUGUUACGCCUGCACUGCAACGCAAUAUUCUAGAGACCAGGGGAAAGAGACACAAGAGUAAGAGGACGCAAGAUCACGAGUCCACAAAAUGCCAAAAGCAGUUGGAAACAAUCAGAAUACUGUUGGAGCAUGUCAUUGAUUCAGUUGUACUGGGAAAUGAUGAGAGCUUCUCGUUUGCACGUGUGAAUAGAGAGGUGAUUGCAUUAUCGACAUACAAGCACUCAGAACAAGCACGUCUCAGUGACUAUAUCUUCCGAAAGUUGAAUCAAGAAUUUGAGAAUCUACAAUCGAAGCUUACUUGGGAUUCUCUCGAGACGGGAUCUGCUGGUCAGACAUUCCUCAGGGAACUCAAUGCAUGGGAUGAUAAGUUGAAAUGCCUUCUGAGGCUUUUCAUCUUCCUUGAUAGAGUUUAUCUUUUCCAACAUACAAAGAAAAAACCAAUAAGGGAUCACGGCCUACGUCUUUUUGCUUCAGCUUUAUUUGACUCCAGCUCCAGGUGCUCCUUGUUAGAACAGGUAUUAAAGGAUUUGCAUCUCAACAUCAUUAAUCGUUCGAAAUCGGAACAUCUGGAUUGGUACAACUACGAUACUUUGAGACAAUUUGCCGAGUAUUACGAGCGACUCAUAUUCGAGGAGCACACCAGCUAUUAUUUCAUCUCUGAUAUCUUUUUAUCCAACUACGAGUUGUGCAAAGAGGAUUGGUGGGAAGACCCUCGAACUUUCGUCAGCAAUAUUUUUGAUAGCAUGAGAAAAGACAUAAGCUUCAUGAAGGCCCUUGGACUUCAAGAUAUGGCAGCAAGUUUUGCUAAGGAGGUUUUGCGAAAAACAAUAAUUCCCGACCUCUCUGAGGUGUUGAGCUCAUGCGUACCAGCCUUGAUGGAGGACGAAAGAGAAUUCGAAUUGGGAAUCUUGACAAAGCUUCUUCAUAUCGAGGAGGUUCAUAGCAACUGCAAUAAUGUGAAGCAAGUCGCCUUCCAUCUUCGGAACUAUGUCGCAGCCAAGACCAUUGAACUCAUCAAAUAUGAUGCAUUUGCAAGUAAAGACCUAUUACCUGAAGUUGUCAAGCUCAGGCUUAAGCUACUGGAGUCUUGCUCUCGAGCAAACCUUCACGCUCCCGGUGACUUUGACUUCGAAGUCAGAAGCGCCAUAUCCAAUAUAUUAUCGCUGCCUGAAUAUCAGAACAAUUCUGUUCUCAUGUUCUCAAAAUAUUGUGAGGCAUUUUUCAAGCUGAAGGAUGCUGAUGCCGUUGAAUUCAAAAAGAAUAUUCAGGUGUUUUUCAAGUUGUUGCAGAACAAGGGUAAGUUCAUCAAGAUUUACGAAAGAGAUCUCUCGAAAAGGUUGCUUUUGGGCAAGAGCUUCAAUUAUCCGUUGGAGUUUGAUCUUGUGGACAACUUGCUUCACGAGGUUGGUGAUAAUUUGGAUGGUACCAAUCUCAAGGCGAUGAUUCAAGAUGUGAAGCAAUCUGACACUGAGUUCAGGCAUGACUAUGGAUCAGCGGAGAUAUUCCCUCUCGUUUUGAAGAAGUCCAAUUGGCCAGCUAUCCCGAAGCAAGCAACUGAGCUCAAAAUACCUCCAGAGCUAGACGAAAUCUUGGUUACAUUUACCGAGAAAUUUCGCCAGAGUGAUGCAAAGGGAGAAUACAAGAAUCUUGACUGGAGCAAUUAUUUAUUACAUCAGCUUACAAUUCUGGUCAACUUCGAUAAAGGCCCGAAAGAACUUCAAGUCAAUCUCCUUCAAGCAAUCGUCAUUCUCCAAUUCUCUGAACAUGAUACCCUAUCGUUUGCGCAAUUUGUGGAAGAGACCAGAAUGGAACAAAAGCUCUUGAAAAGAGUCAUAGCAUCCUUGAGCUCAAGCAAAUUUCCCUUCUUGAUCGAAGACAAUGACGGUUUCUCGUUCAAUUACGCAUUCUGGGAUAAGGCUGCAAAGCUUCGACCACCUAUGGCAAGAGAGAAGGAGGCUGUCGUGGAAGAAGCCUUCAAAAAGGCGGAAAGAAGAGAUAGAGAUGAUGAGAUUACCGCAGCUGUUUGUAAUAUUUUGAAACAGAAGGGCUCAAUUCUAUACCCCGAGCUCAUGGGCCAGGUGUUGAUGAGGCUCAAGCCUCGUGGAGAAGUCCUGAUAACUGAUAUCAAGAGAAGAGUGGAAUAUCUUAUAACGCAGCACUUUGCUAAGCGGUCUGAAGACGGACAAACGCUUCACUACAUUCCAUAG